AUGACGGUGUGGGACGACUUGGAGGACAUAAUGGCUACGAAAACGACCGACGUGAUGCAAGUUGGCCAGAUCAUCGAUCUUUAUUUAGACGUCCUGGCUGAGUCCUUGGCGCUAAGUCGAUUCAAGUGUGCGCACGCACUGAGGGGGGCUGAUAUAUUCCUGGAAUCCGAUGUUAUGCAGGCCCAUACAACCUAUUGCCGGCGCCGACUCGUAGCGUUGCUAACCACCAAAAUUGACCAACCUUCGGAAUACAUGGCCAGUUUGGGGGCCAUCGUGUUGAAGGAUAUUGAGCAAUACUCGGCCCCGGUUGGUCAAAUGGUCGCAGAAAGUGGAGCAGUCCCGCAGGUCGUGGCUACGCUCUGGUUGUUCAGGCAUACCGACAGGAGCACGACUCUAAUUUACACAGGGAUCUUGUACAGACUGUGUAUAACCAAGAACCUUCCUGUGUCUGAUCUGCACUCCUUGACGUAUGACUUGAUUGAAUAUUUAUAUUUUCGCGUUUGUGAAAACGAGGAUGACCCGGAGGACGCAGACGAUGAUACUCUCUUAUUAUUGCUUGCAUUGAACGAACAGUAUGCUGCGCAAUCCGUUCGCGAAAACAAAGUGGUUAAUGUUUUAAAGUCGAAUCUGCUAAAAUAUCGUGCCGUGGGAGGAAAAAUUGUUUUACUUGCCAACAGAACGUCUUCAACUCCCACCAAGGUGCUGGUUUGCAAGUUCCUGUACUAUAUUUUCACGACCCCCGAAACCCUCAACUUCAUCUACACCAAUGACUUGAAGGUGCUUGUUGAGGUGCUCCUGCGAGAGCUGUCUGACUUGUCUACCGAAGCUGACGACCUGCGUCAAAUGUACCUUCGGGUUUUGCAUGUGUUACUAGAAAACACCACCAUUUUCGAGGAAAAAUUCAAACAAAGCGACAUUGUCAGCGUGCUCCGGAGUUCAGCCGAGUCUUCUUCGGGCGAAACCCGUCGAAUAGCGGAACGAUGUUUAAAUAUUGAAUGGCUACAAUGGAGCCGCCACGGCUCGUGCGUUAGCAUAAGUUCCGAAGAAGCAUCUCGUCUUGGCAGCGACAGUGAGCACUCGUCAGAGGAAGAAGAUUCACCAGGCCCUAGCCCAAGCCGCACUCGCAGCCCACUUCCUUCUCCACCUUAUCCCGUAACUCUCCGGGGUAAACCCUUACCGCCACCGCCUCGCAGUAGUAAAAUACGGCCCUCGUCGGCGACUAAUGUUGCUCUAGCCGGCUCCAAUUUGCCGCCUCCGCCUCCGCCGCAACGACUCCGUAAACAGACCUGA